AGAAGUGUGAACUCUACUCACUUUACACCAAAGUCAAAGAGCUGAUUAUUCUUUCUACGUGUUUGCGUGUUUUCACUUUUCAUCAUCAAUUCCUCGGUCUCUUUGCCUAUGAAUGAAAAUUUUUGCUACUCAGGUUAGCAUCGAGUAAGGAUCCUCUACCUUUAUGGAGGAAAAGGUAGAGUGAUUUUAGGCAAAAUAUAAAGUUAGAGGUUAACAUGACAUUGUUGACCUACCUUCUUAGAAUAACCUGCAAUAGUAUUAAUUUGUCUCUCAUAAUUUGAUUCACCAUUUCCGAGUAGUGAAAACCGUUCUUCCGAUUGCUGUGCAGUGAAUUUCUUAAGCUCAGGAAUUCAUAGAAAAUGGAUUCAAACUCUAAAUUUACAGACACGUCGCUCUCACGGAGGUCUUUGCUCCUGCAACCAUUUCGAACAGUAUUGGGUUGUUUUUCGCAGUCAAAUUUGGGCCAGCAAGGUUCAGCUUCUUCCAGUCCUUCCAUCGAUUCCAAUUGUGUCCAUACCUAUAGAUAUGAUGUGUUUAUUAGUUUCAGAGGCGCCGACACCCGCAACACUUUUGUUGAUCAUCUUUAUGCUCAUCUAACAAGAAAGGGUAUUUUUGCCUUCAUGGAUGAUAAAAGGCUUGAGAAAGGAGAAUCCCUUUCGCCGCAACUUCUUCAAGCUAUUCAAAAUUCUAGGGUUUCUAUUGUUGUCUUCUCUGAAAGAUAUGCAGAGUCUACGUGGUGUUUGGAAGAGAUGGCUACUAUUGCUGAAUGUCGUAAAGAAUUCAAUCAAAAAGUAUUUCCUGUUUUUUAUGAUGUCGAUCCAUCUCAUGUACGAAAACAAAUUGGGGUGUACCAGAAUGACUUUGUUUUACACAAGAAGAAAUUCAAGCCCGAUCCAAACAAGGUUGGGAGAUGGGUGAAUGCUAUGAAGGUUAUAGCUAACUUAGUCGGUUGGGAUGUCAGGAACAAGCCAGAGUCUAUAGAGAUUGAAACAAUUGUUCAAGCAGUAAUAAAAUCUUUGAAUCAUAAAUUCUCAGGCUUUACAAGCGAUCUUGUUGGGAUGCAACCUCGCAUAAAAGAAUUAGAAAAGCUUCUAAAAUUGGAAUCAAAGAAUGAUGGCUUCCGAGUUCUAGGAAUUUGGGGGAUGAGUGGAGUAGGAAAGACAACUCAUGCUACUCUUUUGUACGAUAGAAUCUCUUAUCAGUUUGAUGCUCGUUGUUUUAUUAAUAACACAAGCAAACUUUAUAUGGAUGGUGGUAUUGUUGCUGUACAAAGACAAAUUCUUCGACAAGCUCUAGACGAAGGAAAUCUUGACUCAUAUGAUACUUGUGAAAUUUCCGGGAUUAUGAUUAAUAGGCUUCACAGUUGCACUAAGGUCCUUCUAGUUCUUGACAAUGUUGAUCAAUUAGAGCAGUUGCAGGAAUUAGGUAUAAAUCCUAGAUUACUUGUGAGUGGCAGUAGAAUAAUCAUAACCACAAGGGAUGAGCAUAUUCUAAGAGUAUAUGGAGCAGAUAAAAUUCACAAAGUUUCACUGUUGAAUAGUAACGAUGCUUCUGAACUUUUUCUCAGAAAAGCCUUCAAAGGUGAACACCAUAGCAGCAGUUGUGUUGAGUUGAUUCCAGAGGUACUAAAAUAUGCUCAAAAUCUUCCAUUAGCAAUUAAAGUAGUGGGCUCUUUCUUGUGUACCCGAGAUGCUACUCAAUGGACAGAUGCUUUGGAUAGAUUGAAGAACAAUCCAGACAGUAGAAUUAUGGAUGUGCUUCAGAUGAGUGUUGAUGGACUAGAACAUGAGGAGAAGGAAAUAUUUCUGCACAUUGCUUGUUUUUUUAAAGGGGAGAGGGAAGAUUAUGUAAAGAGAAUUCUAGAUGCAUGUGGAUUAUACCCUCACAUAGGACUUCAAAGAGUCAUUGAGAAGUCACUCAUUACCAUUAAAAACCAAGAGAUUCAUAUGCAUGAUAUGUUACAAGAACUUGGGAAGAAAAUUGUUCGGCACAGGUAUCUAGACGAUCCAGGAUUGUGGAGUAGAGUAUGGCGAUGCAAUGAUUUCUAUCAUGUCUUGGAGACAAAAACGGGAACAAACAAUAAUGUUAAAGCUAUAGUUCUGGAUCAAAAGGAAAAUUUCUCCAAAUGCAGGGCUGAAGGAUUUUCAAAUAUGAGCAACCUUGUACUUCUCAUGUUGUAUCAUAACAACUUUUCAGGAAAUUUGGAUUUUCUUUCCAACAAUCUGCGAUAUCUUUUGUGGCAUGGAUACCCUUUUACUUCUUUGCCGCCAAAUUUUGAGCCAGAUUAUCUUGUGGAAUUGAAUAUGCCUGAUAGUAGCAUUCAACGACUGUGGGAAGGCCGGAAGGAACUACCUAAUUUGAAAAGGAUGGAUUUGAGCAACUCCAAGUAUCUUAUAGAGAGUCCAAAGUUUUUUUGGACCCCAAAACUGGAGCGGUUAGAUUUUACAGGUUGCACAAACUUAAUACAGGUCCAUCCAUCAAUUGGACAUCUGACAGAACUUGUUUUCUUAUGUUUGCAAAACUGCAGCAGUUUGGUUGACCUUGAUUUUGGUAGUGUAUCAAGAUUAAGUUCUUUGAGAGUUCUACGCCUUUCUGGCUGUACAAAACUUGAAAAGACCCCCGAUUUUACCGGGACAUCAAAUCUUGAGUACCUUGAUAUGGAUGAAUGUACAACUUUAUCCAAAGUUCAUGAAUCCAUUGGGGAUUUGACAAAGCUUAAAUUCUUGAGUUUGAGAAACUGCCCAAAUCUGGUUGAAAUGCCCGAUAGCAUCAAUAAGAUGACAUCCCUUGUAACUCAAGAUUUUUGCGGUUGCUCGAGUCUUACAAUUUUACCCUUGAAAUGGACUCGUUAUGAUCAUUUGAGAUCUUUGACUUUCUUAGAUUUAAGCUUUUGCAAUCUUCAUGAACUGCCAAAUACUAUUACCGCGUUAAAGAUGUUAGAAAGACUAAAUCUGCAAGGAAACAAAUUCCGUUCACUACCUGAUGUUUUCUCCUGUCAUCGCAACCUAGCAUAUGUAAACUUAUCUCAUUGCCAUGAGCUUGAAACUAUUGAACUCGUACCAUCAUAUAGUGCUUCACGACGAGGAAGAUAUUGUAACAUAGCAGUGGGAUCUCGUGAUCAUAGGUCAGGAUUAUAUAUAUUUGACUGCCCUAAGCUCAUGAUGAAACCCAAAAACAAACCCAUAGCAUAUAUAUGUUCACAAAGAAUACUUCAGAGUUCCCAUCACUUUCGGGGUGGCUUUGACAUUGUCUUUCCUUCGGAUUGGGAAAACAUUGAUUUUCCGUCAAGUUGUAGUAUUCCAAAAUGGUUCAAUCACCAAUUUGAUAGUGAUUCAAUAGUAAGGAUAAUAGAUUUUGACGAGUUUGACAAGAAGUUUGGCUUUGCCUUCUGUGUGGCAUUUGAGGUAAACAACUGUCGUGCGAAUUCUAGUUUGUCACAGGAUUCAUUUUCCUCAGCACUCCCACAUCCUUUUUAUCUUUCUUUUGAAAGUGAAUACACAGAGGAACGCUUUGAUAUGCCGCUCAGUUUGGAACUGCACAAAAUUGAUGGCUCCAAACAUCUUUGGCUAAUCUAUAUCUCUCAAGAGCACUGCCAUUUUUUAAAAACUGGAGCACAUAUCACAUUUAAAGCCUGCCCAGGUUUGUUAAUAAAGAAAUGGGGAUUGCGUUUGGUAAUCAAGGAUAUAGAGUUAUCAUAUCCUCUCCCUUUGAAAUGCUCAUCGGACACCGAUGUGCCCCAACUUUUCUUCGAAUAUGUACAAAAAACCAGCAUGAGGUCUGGAACUAAAAUCCAACUUCCUUACAAUUGGUUGGUUACUGAAGAUGAAGAAGUUCAGAAUUCUGGAGCCAAGUCAAAAGAAACCAAUCUUUCUAAUCUCGGCCUUUAGAUAUGCCAACCACAGCCAAAACACACAACAAGUUCUGUGAGCCUUGAGGUAAUUAUCUUACCUAAGCAGUGACCUAUUGUUAAGUUAUAAUUCAUUAUCAUUGCUAAUUAAUAAUUAAUUUUAUAACUAAUAAUCUUUAUUAUUAGUAUAUCACAUCCAUCUCUUGCAUUACAAGUUUAUCCAAUAAUUUCUCAUUAUUUAAUAUGUUGUGACAUCAUCGGUACUGUUAUUCUAUGUUUGUGGAGGAUGAAUGUUUGUUAUCCGUUGCAAUUCGGAAAUUUCUUCAACUCUGCAAGUCUCAUAUUGGACAAAUUCAGAAUGUGAUGGUAUAAGUUUCUGAUUAGACCUUUACGCGAAAUUUGUAGACAAUUAUUAUUUUACGAGGCAGAUUUGUAGAGUUGAUUUCCACUUUCAUCACGGUCCGCCGCUAAUCGUGUAAUUGUGGCAUAACUUGUCUUCAUUGCUGAUUGUAACACCUUUGCUGUUGGGUUUUAUAGAGAUGUUUUAGUUCAAACUUUAAUUAUAAUACUUAUAGAAUUUAAGAAUUGUCUUUAAAAUAUUGAUACCAA